AUGCUUCAGCUCAAGCCUAUGCUGAAUGAUUUCAUGAGAUGUCAGAUCAAAAAUGGGGCUUCGGCUUCCUUCUGGUAUGACACAUGGACACUAUUGGGGCCUCUGAUCUCUGUUGUAGGUGAUUCGGGUCCUCGUAUGCUGAGAUUGAGGAAGGGUGCUACAGUCUCGGAGGCUUCAGCUGAGGGAUCAUGGCGCCUGCCUGCUGCUAGAUCUCCAGAGGUGGAAACUCUCCAGAUUGUUCUCACUUCAACCCCACCUCCUUCUUCAUCACACGGAGAAGAUCAAUUCCUGUGGCGCAAGGCUGAUGGGAGUUUCGGACCCAAGUUCUCCUCAAAGAUUACUUGGGAGUAUAUCAGACAGCACUCUCCACAUGUUUAUUGGUCUAAAGUGGUAUGGUUCAGGGAGAACAUCCCUCCUACCGCUUUCACGGCCUGGCUAGUCCUUCUCCGACGGCUGCUGACUCGUGAUAGACUUCUACGAUGGGGUAUGAAUGUUCCUGCGGGUUGUGUCUUGUGCUCUUCUGGCCUUGAAACUCACCAUCACCUCUUCUUCGAAUGUGAGUACUCUUCCAGUAUAUGGUUUCAUUUCGCGAGGCCUUUUGUCACUGGUCCUCCGUUAGAUGUUCAUUCGGUAGCUGCUCUGCUUUCUCGCAACCGCCUGGAUCCUAAAGCGUCUUCCGUGAUCAAGCUCAUCUUGCAAUCUGCCAUCUACCUUAUCUGGAGGGAGCGGAAUGCAAGGAUCUUCACCUCUGUCUCUACGCCUGCGUAUGGUCUCCGUCUUGCUCUGGAUCGCCUCAUUCGGGAUCGACUUAUCUCCUUCCCUUCUCAAGACUCUUCUCCAUCUGUGCUGCAGUACUAUUUUACCUUUAUUAGGCCUCCUUGA